AUGCUGCUGCCGCGGCUGUGCUGGCUGCCCCUGCUGGCCGCGCUGCUGCUGCUGCUGCUGCUGCGGCUCCGGCCGGCGCGCGCGCAGCGGUUCUCGGCGCUCACGUUCUUGCGAGUGGACCAAGACAAGGACAAAGACUGCAGCCUGGACUGCGGGGGCGCCCCGCAGAAGCCCCUCUGCGCCUCGGACGGCAGGACCUUCUCAUCUCGCUGCGAGUUCCAGCGCGCCAAGUGCAAAGACCCCCGGCUGGAAGUCGCCCACCGGGGCAGCUGCAAAGACGUGUCCCGCUGCGUGGCCGAGAGGAAGUACACGCAGGAGCAGGCGCGGCGGGAGCUGCAGCAGGUGUUCGUGCCCGAGUGCCGCGAGGACGGCACCUACAGCCAGGUCCAGUGUCACAGCUACACCGGCUACUGCUGGUGCGUCACGCCCAGCGGGCGGCCCAUCAGCGGCACCGCCGUGGCCCACAAGACGCCCAGGUGCCCAGGCUCUGCGGGUGAGAAGAUGCCGCAGCGGGAAGGCGCGGGCAGGGAAGAUGAUGCCUCAGCCCCAGCACUGGAGACCCAGCCCCAAGGAGACGAGGAAGAUAUCGCCUCCCGCUACCCCACGCUCUGGACGGAGCAGGUCAGAAGCCGGCAGAACAAAACCAGCAAGAACUCAGCGUCCUCGUGUGACCAGGAGCAGCAGUCCGCCCUGGAGGAGGCCCGGCAGCCCCGGAGCGACGACGUGGUGAUCCCCGAGUGCGCCCACGGUGGCCUCUACAAGCCGGUGCAGUGCCACCCGUCCACCGGCUACUGCUGGUGCGUCCUGGUGGACACCGGACGCCCCAUCCCCGGCACCUCCACCAGGUACGAGCAGCCCAAGUGCGACCACACGGCCAGGGCCCACCCCAGCAAGCCCCGGGACCUGUACAAGGGCCGCCAGCUGCAAGGUUGUCCUGGAGCCAAAAAGAACGAGUUUCUCACGAGCGUUCUGGACGCGCUGUCCACGGACAUGGUGCACGCCGUCUCCGACCCCGCGGCCUCCGGCAGGCUUUCCGAGCCCGACCCCAGCCACACGCUGGAGGAGAGGGUGGUCCACUGGUAUUUCAGGCUGCUGGACAAGAACUCCAGCGGCGACAUCGGCAAGAAGGAGAUCAAGCCCUUCAAGAGGUUCCUGCGGAAGAAAUCAAAGCCCAAGAAGUGCGUGAAGAAGUUCGUGGAGUACUGUGACGCCGACGGCGACAAGGCCAUCGCGCUGGCGGAGCUGACCGGCUGCCUGGGCGUCGCCAGGGAGGGCAGGGCGGGCAGCCGCAAGCACCCGGCCCCCCGAGGCAGCACGGACGGCGCGGCCAGCAGACAGCCGAGGAAGCACGGCUAAGCGCCGGGACUGGCCGGACACGGGAGGCUCCCUCACCAAAGCGCAAUUAAAAAACCCAAAAAACAAAAACAUAGUAUUUGCACUUUGUACUUUAAAUGUAAAUUCACUUUGUAGAAACGAUAUUUAAACAGACUGUUUCAAUCUGUGACGGGCGAGGGCUGCGCGGAGUCGGCCGCUGGCCGC